AUGAGGCGUCCACCACCGGGCUUUGAGGCAAUCAACGACAAGCUCGACGAGUACGAAGCAGAGAUGCGUCUUGCGCUCGCUGAUGAUCCGUCGCAGGCUCAACUCCCCGCAGCGGGGCGGAGCGCGAAUAAGAGCAGAAGCGCCACCUCGGUUGCUGCUGGCAAGGAGGGAAAGGCGAGUGGCCAUGAGGACUGUGAGAACGAAGGUAACUCGGAACAGACGGCAAAGCCUGUACCACCGCUCUGGCGUGUCGCCCGCAUCAACCACGAGCGCACCCGCUAUGUGUUCAACGCAUGCUAUCGUGAGAAGACGAUAUCAAGCGAGGUCCUGAGCUACUGCUGUGAGAUGAACUUUAUUGAUGCCGGACUUGUGCGGCGGUGGAAGCUUCCCGGGUACGAACGGCUGUGCUGCACGGCCUGCUGUGUCCCCGGCACGGCGAGUGCGGCGGCGCGACUUGUUAGCAAGCACGCCAACCGUCACAAGACUGAGCGGCGCAGUCACGACGAUGAUGAGCGUGGGGGCACUUGUAUCUGCCGUGUGCCAGCAGAGAGACGUCGUAUAAAGCACUUAAAGGGGUGCACCGUGUGUGGGUGCACGGGCUGCAGCUCCGGCGAGAAGCGAGAGCGGGAGGAGAAGAAGAGUGAAGAGGCGCCUGUGGAAAAGCUGGCGCGCACUGAAAGUGAGCAGGAGAACUAA